UGCCACUCCCUGUAACUUCACCCACACCAACAGCGUACACACAUCUUCAGCGUCGGCUCAGGCAGCACAGAAGUUGUGGCUGAGAUGGUUCCCGGAGUCUCCACUUCACUCGCAGCACAGCCAGCUCAGACAGGGCUCCCUGCCUAGGAAGGGAACGUUCUGAGCUGCGCGGCAGGGGAUGAACGAGGGAAAAGGUGAUGAGCAGGAGCAAAACGUUCCCAAAUCUCGCCUGCUUCUUCCUCUGCGCUCUGAUUGCACCUAAUCUCACAGGUGAAGAUGCUCUGCUGCCAUCACCUCAGAAUAUCUCUAUUCUUUCUACCAACAUGAGACACUUCUUAACAUGGAGCCCUGUGACCAUCCAGGGUGAAACUGUGAGAUACUCUGUUGAAUUUCAGGGGGAGUAUGAACGUGAAUAUGCUAAUGAGAGCUGGAUCCCCAUCUGUGAGUGUUCACUCAUCACAGCCACGGUGUGUAAUAUCACAGAGGAUAUCUCAGCCACUGUGGCCUAUAACCUGCGUGUAAGGGCAGACAUUGGUGCUCAAAGAUCACAGUGGGGCACCCUGAAGGGUUUCUUCAAUCGCAUCACAACUUCCCUGACCCCACCUCCAAUGAAGGUCAUAGCAGAUGGGUAUCAUUUACUAGUGGAGCUGAAAGACAUGGGGCCUGCCUUUCAGUUCUGUGUUCUCUAUUGGAAGAAAGGCCAGGAGAGUAGGAUACAAUGGAAGAUGGUGAAAGAUGUCAGCUCCACAGUUCACCUGGACACCAUGGAGGCAGGACAUGAUUAUUGUGUAAAAGCUCAGACAUACGUCGAGUCGAUCAACAGAAGCAGUAGCUUCAGCCAGACACAGUGUGUGAGGGCACAAGGUGGCGGAUCCCUGUGGCUCGUUACUGCCAUGAUGUCCUCUGCUGGCUUUGCUCUGGCUGCUUUGACCCUGUUUUUCCUUGCCUGGAAAACAAGUAAAAUCUUUCAGUAUUCCUGCUGCCCCAUUGCUGUCCUGCCAGACACACUGAAAGCAGCAGAGCCCCCCACCCAGCUGAUACUGUGUGGGAAUGAAGAAGCUGAGCAAUGUGAUCUGAUGGUGUGUGUGAUGCCUUCAGAAGAGGUUCUCCGACUUUGGAUUCAAGAAACACUUUAGUGCACCCCCCAAAAAAAAAUCCCUGAUCCUGUGGAAACAUCUUCUAAACAGACCUGGCAGAUCGUGCUUCAGCAGGUGUCCUCAGAGUACCGACAAGUAGCAAUGUUAUCUUUGUGUAUAAAAUCUGCUGUGAAAAGUGUUGUGUAUAAGCAUGCGGCCUGCUCUCUUCCUCUUCAUAACACCUUCAUCCACCUACAGAAAAGCCAGUAAAGGCCACAGGUGACAACUACCAGUUUCUGUACUUUCCCUUCGUAUCCAUACCUAUGACCAGACAAAGGUUAACUCAGCUUCCCUUCACCUUUCUCAGCCACAUGGAUGGUCCCAAGGUAGAGCCCACUCUUCAGGCACCAGUUCACCAGAGCAAUAAAUGUAGAGGUCCCUUAAGUGCCUUAAGUCUCUUAAGACCAAACCACUUCAGUGUCAGCAUUUUUUGACUCU